AUGGACGAGCCUUUGUCAGCUACCCUUCCAGGGGCUCCUGAGAAGAAGCCCAUCCUCAAGCGCAUUAUCCGUUCCGUUACCACUCGAGAUGGCUUGGUAGGCGACUAUGAUUAUGCCGCUCUGUUCCGGCCAAACCUCCCCUUCAUGGGACGCAAGGGCGUUAGCACUGCUUCGCCCUUCUUUGGUCUCAAUGAUAAUAUGCCCGUGUUCCUCGCCAUGUUGCUAGGUUUCCAGCACGCAUUGGCCAUGCUGGCAGGUGUCAUCACGCCGCCUCUGCUUCUCGCUGGAACAUCCGGAGCCAAUCUGAGCCAAGACCAGCAGCAGUACUUGGUGUCUACCGCCUUGCUGGUCUCUGGCAUCCUGUCUGCGGUACAGAUUACUCGUUUCCAUAUUUGGAAAACUCCUUACUAUAUUGGCACUGGUUUACUCUCUGUGGUUGGUGUCUCUUUCACAAUCAUCAACAUUGGUCAAGGAGCGCUGUCCCAGAUGUACGCCAAUGGUUUCUGUCCGACAGACUCGGCCACUGGAGCCAAGCUCCCUUGCCCUGAAGGAUACGGUGCCCUCCUCGGUACCUGCGCCGUCUGUGCCCUCGUCGAGAUCCUCAUGGCCUUCAUCCCGCCUCGCGUGUUGCUGCGCAUGUUCCCUCCCAUCGUCACCGGCCCCACCGUCAUGCUCAUCGGUGUCAAGCUCAUCCAGAGCGGAUUCAACAACUGGAUGGGUGGAACCGGUCCCUGCUCCAGUGCCGAUACAGCUGUCGGCAUCUUCGCCAAGUGCCCCACCAUCAACGCUCCUCAUGCUCUUCCCUGGGGUUCGCCUGAGUAUCUUGGUUUGGGAUUCUCCGUCUUCGUCACAAUCAUUCUCUGCGAACGAUUCGGCUCCCCCAUCAUGAAGUCUACUUCUGUCGUCGUUGGCCUCCUGGUUGGCUGCAUCAUUGCCGCCGCCACUGGCUACUUUGACCGUUCCAGCAUUGACCGUGCUCCCGUUGCCUCCUUCAUCUGGGUCAAGACAUUCCCUCUCAGUGUCUAUGGGCCUCUGGUCUUGCCCAUCAUUGCUGUCUAUAUCAUUCUUGCCACCGAAGCUAUUGGCGAUAUCACGGCCACCUGUGAUGUGUCGCGCCUCGAAGUCGACGGCAAGGUCUACGAAUCUCGCAUCCAGGGUGGUAUCCUCGCUGAUGGUAUCGCCGGUUGCUUGGCGGCCCUCAUGACCAUGACUCCCAUGUCUUGCUUUGCUCAAAACAACGGUGUCAUUGCCCUCACCCGCUGCGCCAACCGCAAGGCUGGUUACAUGUGCUGCUUCUUCCUCAUCAUCAUGGGCAUCUUUGCCAAGUUUGCUGCUUCCCUCGUCGCGAUUCCCUCCCCAGUCCUCGGUGGAAUGACCACGUUCCUCUUCUGCGCUGUUGCCGUCUCCGGCAUGGCCAUUAUUGCUCGACCCCGCAACCCCUUCAACCGCCGAUCUCGAUUCAUCCUCACGGCUGGUCUCGCUCUCGGAUACAGUGCGACCCUUGUCCCCAAGUACUUCAACAAGAUCUUCUCCUACAAGGGCGACAACAAGUCUCUCUCGGGUUUCCUCGAUGCUAUUUCGCUCAUCAUGUCGACUGGUUUCGCUGUCUGCGCUGUUACCUGCAUGAUUCUUAACCUCAUCCUGCCUGAGGAGACUGAUGACGAUGCCCUCAGCGUGACUAAUGUCGAGGCUGUCACCGCCACCACAACCGAUACCGUCCCUGCCCACAAGGAGGAGUCUUCUCCCCGCACCCAUAGCGAUGAGAUCAACACGGCUGGCGGAAGCUCGAGUGCCAGCAUCAAGGCUGAGAAGCAGACUUGA